AUGGGAAGACUAAAGCAUGAUCCAUGUAUCCACCAUUUUAGCCACCCUCAUCCUCUACAUCUAUCAAACCUUCAUACGCUAACUCAUUGUUCUGCUUGUCAUCUUCAAUCUUCCGACUGGAUGUAUUCUUGCAACCCUUGCAACUUCACUCUCCAUCUAUCAUGCACUCACCUUCCUUCUUUGAUCACCCAUCCAUCUCAUCCUCUUCAUACACUUACCCUCUUUCCAUCACCCGAUGCUGCUUUUAACUGUGAUGCUUGCGGCUGCAACAGCCAUGGCUUCAGCUACCAUUGCAGCCAUUGUGAUUUUGAUAUACACACUACUUGUGCUCAAAACCCGCUUUUCGUAACCAACCGUUAUCAUCCUCAUCUACUUCAGCUCACCUUUCACCCUCCUUAUCAAACUGAAGGUUUCUCCUGUGAUUUAUGUCAAGGAUUAGGAUCUAAUCAUUGGCUAUAUCGAUGUGCUACCUGCGAGUUCGAUGCCCACAUGGACUGUGCAAUGGGUAUCGUCUCAUCGCCUUUGAGUCGACCUCAGCCUCAGCUUCAGCAUCAUAACUCCUUUCCUGGAACUGAGAGUCAUCAAUAUCAACAGUAUGGAAAUGCAGUAAUGAGUCCACCUGCAGGGCAGAGUGUUUAUCUACAUAGCCAAAGUAUGGGAGCUAUGCAAGGUGGCUAUCAACAGCCGGCUGUAGUGAAUAACAAUACUAACGUUGUUAUGGAUGCAAUGGUUCAAGGAUUCGUCGAAGGAGCAGCCCAACAGGUUGGUCAGAGCUUUGUGCAAGGUCUUAUGGGUGAUGGUGGUGGUGGUGAUAAUACUAUAAGUGCCUGUAAUUCGUCUUUCAGUAUAGGAUCUUCAAUUCUAAGUGGUGCUUUUGGUGAUUCUAGUUCUGAAAGUUAGAUGAUUCAAACGGUUAUCUUCCAAUUCAACAGACCUGAUAAAAGAAAUAAGGUUUAUUCUAUGUUUUGCAUGUAGCAGUAUAAAUGCAGCAUUUAAUCAUUCUUGUAAGUUUUAAUACUCAAAAUUGGUACAUACCAGAAAAUAAUAGGAGUUGAUCAACGUUGAUGUAAAAUUGCAACAAACAUUGCAUUUCGAUGUCU